AUAAUGAUGGCUACCUGUACAAAAACCUUAAUAUAAACACAGCUUGCUUAAGUAUCUAAUUAUAAGUACCUACGUAUACCUAUAUAGCUAAGUACCUCUACCCACAUAUUUCUUACCUCACAAAUCUACCAAUCUCUUAAGUUUUGGUAUUGUACUCUAUAUAUAGGUAUACUAUGCUAUGAUAUAUUACAAUCAUGCAAGUCAAUAUUAUUGGCACUGAUAAUUCUACUGAGAUAAAUUUGUGUAAGUGUUGUCGUACUGAUAAACAACAACCACAUUAUCUCAAGAGUUGUAUUAAUAUUUGCCAGUCACCUAUGAAACAAACGCUGAUAACAACGAAUUUAAUACUCCUUAAAAAUAUUUAGUCUGUUUUCUAUACGAAGUCAAUAAGAGUAACUAUUUUUUACAAUUCCUAAUUUUAUUACAAGUUACAUGCUUAAAUUUAAAUUUUCCCGCUAUUCAGUAAGUGAACUGUCACUAUAGAGCAUCGCGAUUACAAAUUAGACGAAUUUAAAAUAUUUUUUAACAAUGGUGUUAUCAAAAAAGUAUAUUGUUCUAAGGCCUUUUUUUGGAGAACCGAAGAAUAGUGAUUUUAAGAUUGUAGAAGAGGAACUGCCUGAUUUACAAGAUGAUGAAUUCUUGGCAAAAGCAGCAUACAUAAGCGUAGACCCAUAUCAAAGAAUGAAACUGGGAGAUAAAUAUCCAUGUGACAUGAUUGGAGGCCAAAUAGCCAAAAAUAGCGCAUAUUUCGGUUUCACACAAAUUUGUCAACCAAAACCUGGAGAGACAGUGGUGGUGUCGGGUGCCGCCGGAGCCGUCGGUUCUCAUGUCGGCCAAAUCGCUAAGAUACUUGGAUGUCGAGUGAUAGGCUUUGCUGGAACAGAUGAAAAAUGUAAAUGGCUGACGAAUGAUCUUGGAUUUGAUGCUGCAGCCAACUAUAAAAAUGUGAACAUUGCAACUUUCCUUAGAGAAAACGCACCUAAUGGUGUAGAUUGCUACUUCGACAAUGUAGGUGGAGAAAUAAGCAGUGUUGUGGUAUCACAAAUGAAUCUGUUUGGAAGGGUAGCAACUUGCGGUGCUAUAUCAAGUUACAACGAAACAGAAUCUGAAAAGCGAAAAGCUACGAUUCUACAACCGUCGAUUGUAAGAAAUCAAUUAAAAAUUGAAGGAUUUUUGGUAAAUAGAUUCGCAGAUCGUACAACUGAAGGAAUCAAACAAAAUCUUCAAUGGGUACAAGAAGGAAAGCUGAAGUACCGAGAACAUAUUAUUGAUGGAUUUGAAUCAACAGCUGAUGCAUUCAUAGGAUUAUUUAAUGGAGCAAACACAGGAAAAUCUCUAGUGAGAAUAAUUUAAUAAAUGGGAUGUUUAAAUUAAAUUAAUUUUUACAAUAUAUUAAAUGCUUAAAUAUAAUUAAAUGUUUUGUUAAGAAAUCUUA